UUCCUGAACCCGCAUGGAACAAGAAACCUAUGGAGAUUUAAGAUAUAAACACGUUUUUAUAUAUUUAUUUAAUUAAUCUCUUAACAGUGGGCCAGAGUUUGUGGAUGAUCAGGGCCGGGCCUCUGCUAAAGAUAUAAUAUGGAAAAACAGCUUUAUCUUUCCAUUUUGUUUACAGGUCUUCUGAGCUUACCACUGCUAGCAGAAUGUGAGAAAAUUAGGUUGCGUGGGCCUUCCCGUUGCGCUGGCAGAGUGGAGAUCUUUUAUCAAGAUGCCUGGGGAACGGUGUGUGAUGAUCACUGGAGCAUGGCCAAUGCUGAGGUGGUAUGCAGAGAGAAUAAUUGUGGCACAGUUAUGGAGGCCAAAAAAGCUGCAUUCUUUGGAGAAGGCAGGGGUCAGAUGUGGCUGGAUGAUGUGCAGUGUACUGGGAAAGAGACCUCCAUUACCAAGUGCCCACACAAACCCUUUGGGGUAAAUAAUUGUGGGCAUAGUGAAGAUGCUGGCGUUGUAUGCUCAAAUAGGCUUGAUUUUACUCACAAACAUGUUCGAGUUGUCAAUGGAACGAAUCGUUGUAAUGGUAGAGUGGAGCUCUUCAAUGAUGGUCAGUGGAAACGAGUGUGCAGUAGCGAGUGGGGGAAGGAAGAAGCUGACGUGUUGUGCCGGGAGAUCAGCUGUGGGUCACCUGUUAUUCAAUCUGCAACACAAUACUUUGGAGAAGGGCAGGGUCGGAACGGUAUCAAAACCAAUUGUGUUGGAAAUGAGACCUCCAUCUCUGAGUGCACUCCACAGGAAUUCAGAGAAACCUGCAUUGAUGCUACCAUUUCCUGCACGAAUAGCAAGCCGAUCCGGCUUAAAAAUGGGACUAAUCGGUGUUCUGGUCGAGUUGAAGUCUACCAUGACGGACAGUGGGGAACUGUUUGCGAUGACAAGUGGGGUAUCCAGGAAGCAGCCGUAGCUUGUCGAGAGAUGAACUGUGGAAAUGCACUUGCAGUCAAGAACAAGGCAUUCUUUGGCGAAGGACAGGAUCAGGUCUGGUUGGAUGAUAUUGAGUGCAAUGGUCAUGAGAAGUCCCUAUCUGAAUGCCCACAUAGAGGUUAUGGAGAGCAUGACUGUAACCACCAUGAAGACGCUGGUGUAAUUUGCUCAGAGUCUGUGAGACUGAUUAAUGGGACUGACAGCUGCUCUGGUAGAGUGGAGGUCUUCCACAAUGGUCGGUGGGGAAAGAUCUGCAAUAACAGUUGGGGUGCUACAGAGGCGAAAGUUAUCUGUAAAGAACUAAAUUGUGGAACUCCAAAAAAAUCUCAAGAUGUCUUCACUUUUGGUGACAGUGCACUGGCAGGAUUCAUAAGUAAAUGCUCUGGUAAUGUGAGCUCUAUCAGCCAGUGCUUGGUUGAUGAACAUAUCGGAAGAUGUGAUGGUGUUUCUGUUGCAUGUACAGGAAAUCCACCUCUUAGGGUUGUCAAUGGCACUGAUCGAUGCUCUGGCAGAGUGGAGGUUCUGCAUGAUGGCCAGUGGGGAACAGUGUGUGAUGACGAAUGGGACAUCAGAGAUGCUCAGGUAGUUUGCAGAGCCUUGGACUGUGGAAGUGCUCAGACUGCUAAAACUUCAGCUUACUUUGGUCAAGGCCAAGGAGACAUCUGGAUUGAUGACGUCAAUUGCAUUGGCAAUGAGUCUUCGCUCAUACAUUGCAGACGUCCUCCUUUUGGAGAAAAUAAUUGUCACCAUGGGGAAGAUGCUGGAGUGAUUUGUUCAGCUAACCUCAGGUUAAUCAAUGGCAGUGAUGUGUGCUCUGGUAGAAUUGAAGUCUAUCACAGUAGCCACUGGUCACCAAUAUACAAUAUCAACUUUGGUAUGAGUGAAGCUGCAGUGGUGUGCAGAGAGAUGAAUUGUGGAGAUGCUGUCAAGAUUCCAGGAUCAUUUGGUCAAAGUGGAGACCUCAGAGGCUUAAAGAUGAGUUGUAGUGGUACAGAGCAUUCUGUCACUCAAUGUACACUGAGAGAGCAUACCAAGACAGGAAAUGAUCAUACUGAAGAGGCAUCAGUGCAGUGUUCUGGAAGUGUUAGGUUAGCUGAUGGGUCUCACCACUGUGUUGGAAGAGUGGAGUUUUAUGAUAAAGGCCAGUGGGGAACUGUGUGUGGGGAAUCCUGGGACAUGGAUGAUGCAAUGGUGGUGUGCAGACAGCUGAACUGUGGAAGGGCUCACAAGAUUACCAGAUUGUCUGAGUUUGGAGUGGGCUCCGGACAGACCUGGAUUGAACAAAUUGAAUGCAAUGGAAGGGAGUCUACGCUCUCUCGAUGCCCACAGAGACCUUAUAGAGACAGAACCUGCAACACAACUGCUAUAGCUGGUGUGAUUUGCACAGGGAGCUUGAAGGUCCGGUUGGCUAAUGGAAAGGAUGAGUGCUCUGGAAGAGUUGAAGUCCGUCAUGGUGACACAUGGCAUUCAAUAUGUGAUGCAUCCUGGACGGAAAGCAAAGCAGGAGUGGUAUGCGAGGUGCUGGAGUGUGGCCGUGCUAUAACUGCACCUGGUGGUGCCAGCUUUGGUCAAGGCAACGGAACUGUGGUGGAGGCCAGCAGCACAUGCUUCAACAAUCUGACUUCUUUACAGAAAUGCUCUGUGAAUGGUUUCAGUAGAUCAACAUGCGGACAUGAGCAUGAUGCAGGGGUCAUGUGUGCAGCCCUUGUGAGGUUAGUUGGCGGCUCAAGCCAGUGUUCUGGAAGAGUGGAGAUCUUCUACAAAGGCAAAUGGGGUACAGUGUGUGAUGAUGACUGGGAAAUGAGCAAUGCAGAUGUGGUGUGCAGACAGCUUGGUUGUGGUCAUGCAGUCUCUGCCCCCACCAGUGCCCAUUUUGGGAGAGGCUCCGGUCCAAUUUGGAUGGAUAAUGUGGAGUGUACAGGCCAAGAAGCUGCUCUUACACAGUGCACACACCGGGGUUUUGGAGAGAACAACUGUGGACAUGGUGAGGAUGCUGGUGUCAUCUGUUUAGGUGAUCUAGAAAAGCCCCAAAUUACUUUAAGUCCUACAACAGAGGUUAACUGGGGUGAAAAGGUGGAAAUCACCUGUACUAUGUCAACACAGCACCUGGGUGGGAUAUUUAUACUGAAAAAUACUCAAGGUUCAUUUUCUAAGGAAAAAGUCUCAGAGCACGAAGCAGCAACUUUUGUCUUCCCUCAAGCCGAUUUCAGUCUCAAUGGGUCAUACUUUUGUGAAUACCAUAACAAACUGCUAGAUCAAACAAUCUAUUAUCCUCAAGGAAAUACUAUUGAUCUAACAGUUCGAGUGAAAUUAGAGAUCCCCAGUAUCUCUCUAUCAUCUGGUCAUGCGAUGGUGAUCUACACUCCUGUUAAAAUAUCUGUGACCAAAGGGAGCGCCUUCUCCAUAACCUGCUCCACUCAUUCCAGAUACCCUGGGGGCAUCUUCUACCUGGCUAGGUCUAAAAAAACAUUACUCAGGCAAAACCGGCUUUUGGACACACCAUCUUCUACAUGGCAUACAACCUCCUCCUCGUCAGUUGUUGCUGGUGCUGUGAGUGUUUUAGUGCUAUUCCUUAUCCUAUUGGUCAUUGGUUUCUUUGUUUGGAAGAAGAAAUGGCGAGGUGCAGGUGUCAUGGUUCAGUUUAGCAACAGGUUAGAGCCCAAAAAAACGAUCUGGAUGACAGAAGCAACGGGGCACUCGAUGAAAGGGUGUGAUGGGCAGGUGCAGCUCAUCCCUGGUAAUUUUGGAGCCUACUUAAGGAGCUGGGACCAGGAGGAGGGCCAACCACCCAAGCCAGUUUGCCUCAGCCCUCCUCCAGGACCCUACCUGCCUCUCCACACUCCUACACACAAUCACCUGAAGGGUAAAGAGUCAGUUGCUCCUGGACCCAGGACACAAUCCUUCCAAGCUCAAAACAACCUCAAGCCCCGUCUUCUGAGCUUACCACUGCUAGCAGAAUGUGAGAAAAUUAGGUUGCGUGGGCCUUCCCGUUGCGCUGGCAGAGUGGAGAUCUUUUAUCAAGAUGCCUGGGGAACGGUGUGUGAUGAUCACUGGAGCAUGGCCAAUGCUGAGGUGGUAUGCAGAGAGAAUAAUUGUGGCACAGUUAUGGAGGCCAAAAAAGCUGCGUUCUUUGGAGAAGGCACGGGUGAAAUCUGGCUGGAUGAUGUACAGUGUACUGGGAAAGAGACCUCCAUUACCAAGUGCCCACACAAACCCUAUGGGGUAAAUAAUUGUGGGCAUAGUGAAGAUGCUGGCGUUGUAUGCUCAGAACAUGUUCGAGUUGUCAAUGGAACGAAUCGUUGUAAUGGUAGAGUGGAGCUCUUCAAUGAUGGUCAGUGGAAACGAGUGUGCAGUAGCGAGUGGGGGAAGGAAGAAGCUGACGUGUUGUGCCGGGAGAUCAGCUGUGGGUCACCUGUUGUUCAAUCUGCAACACAAUACUUUGGAGAAGGGCAGGGUCGGAACGGUAUCAAAACCAAUUGUGUUGGAAAUGAGACCUCCAUCUCUGAGUGCACUCUACAGGAAUUCAGAGAAACGUGCAUUGAUGCUACCAUUUCCUGCACGAAUGGCAAGCCGAUCCGGCUUAUAAAUGGUACUAAUCGGUGUUCUGGUCGAGUUGAAGUCUACCAUGAUGGACAGUGGGGAACUGUUUGCGAUGACAAGUGGGGUAUCCAGGAAGCAGCCGUAGCUUGUCGAGAGUGGAACUGUGGAAAUGCACUUGCAGUCAAGAACAAGGCAUUCUUUGGCGAAGGACAGGAUCAGGUCUGGUUGGAUGAUAUUGAGUGCAAUGGUCAUGAGAAGUCCCUAUCUGAAUGCCCACAUAGAGGUUAUGGAGAGCAUGACUGUGACCACCAUGAAGACGCUGGUGUAAUUUGCUCAGAGUCUGUGAGACUGAUAAAUGGGACUGACAGCUGCUCUGGUAGAGUGGAGGUCUUCCACAAUGGUCGGUGGGGAAAGAUCUGCAGUAACAGUUGGGGUGCUACAGAGGCGAAAGUUAUCUGUAAAGAACUAAAUUGUGGAACUCCAAAAAAAUCUCAAGAUGUCUUCACUUUUGGUGACAGUGCACUGGCAGGAUUCAUAAGUAGAUGCUCUGGUAAUGUGAGCUCUAUCAGCCAGUGCGUGGUUGAUGAACAUAUCGGAAGAUGUGAUGGUGUUUCUGUUGCAUGUACAGGAAAUCCACCUCUUAGGGUUGUCAAUGGCACUGAUCGAUGCUCUGGCAGAGUGGAGGUUCUGCAUGAUGGCCAGUGGGGAACAGUGUGUGAUGACGAAUGGGACAUCAGAGAUGCUCAGGUCGUUUGCAGAGCCUUGGACUGUGGAAGUGCUCAGACUGCUAAAACUUCAGCUUACUUUGGUCAAGGCCAAGGAGACAUCUGGCUUGAUGACGUCAAUUGCAUUGGCAAUGAGUCUUCGCUCAUACAUUGCAGACGUCCUCCUUUUGGAGAAAAUAAUUGUGGCCAUGGGGAAGAUGCUGGAGUGAUUUGUUCAGCUAACCUCAGGUUAAUCAAUGGCAGUGAUGUGUGCUCUGGUAGAAUUGAAGUCUAUCACAGUAGCCACUGGUCACCAAUAUACAAUAUCAACUUUGGUAUGAGUGAAGCUGCAGUGGUGUGCAGAGAGAUGAAUUGUGGAGAUGCUGUCAAGAUUCCAGGAUCAUUUGGUCAAAGUGGAGACCUCAGAGGCUUAAAGAUGAGUUGUAGUGGUACAGAGCAUUCUGUCACUCAAUGUACACUGAGAGAGCAUACCAAGACAGGAAAUGAUCAUACUGAAGAGGCAUCAGUGCAGUGUUCUGGAAAUGUUAGGUUAGCUGAUGGGUCUCACCACUGUGUUGGAAGAGUGGAGUUUUAUGAUAAAGGCCAGUGGGGAACUGUGUGUGGGGAAUCAUGGGACAUGGAUGAUGCAAUGGUGGUGUGCAGACAGCUAAACUGUGGAAGGGCUCACAAGAUUACCAGAUUGUCUGAGUUUGGAGUGGGCUCCGGACAGACCUGGAUUGAACAAAUUGAAUGCAAUGGAAGGGAGUCUACACUCUCUCAAUGCCCACAGAGACCUUAUAGAGACAGAACCUGCAACACAACUGCUAUAGCUGGUGUGAUUUGCACAGGGAGCUUGGAGGUCCGGUUGGCUAAUGGAAAGGAUGAGUGCUCUGGAAGAGUUGAAGUCCGUCAUGGUGACACAUGGCAUACAGUAUGUGAUGCAUCCUGGACGGAAAGCAAAGCAGGAGUGGUAUGCGAGGUGCUGGAGUGUGGCCGUGCUAUAACUGCUCCUGGUGGUGCCAGCUUUGGUCAAGGCAACGGAACUGUGGUGGAGUCCAGCAGCACAUGCUUCAACAAUCUGACUUCUUUACAGAAAUGCUCUGUGAAUGGUUUCAGUAGAUCAACAUGCGGACAUGAGCAUGAUGCAGGGGUCAUGUGUGCAGCCCUUGUGAGGUUAGUUGGCGGCUCAAGCCAGUGUUCUGGAAGAGUGGAGAUCUUCUACAAAGGCAAAUGGGGUACAGUGUGUGAUGAUGACUGGGAAAUGAGCAAUGCAGAUGUGGUGUGCAGACAGCUUGGUUGUGGUCAUGCAGUCUCUGCCCCCACCAGUGCCCAUUUUGGGAGAGGCUCCGGUCCAAUUUGGAUGGAUAAUGUGGAGUGUACAGGCCAAGAAGCUGCUCUUACACAGUGCACACACCGGGGUUUUGGAGAGAACAACUGUGGACAUGGUGAGGAUGCUGGUGUCAUCUGUUUAGGUGAUCUAGAAAAGCCCCAAAUUACUUUAAGUCCUACAACAGAGGUUAACUGGGGUGAAAAGGUGGAAAUCACCUGUACUGUGUCAACACAGCACCUGGGUGGGACAUUUAUACUGAAAAAUACUCAAGGUUCAUUUUCUAAGGAAAAAUUCUCAGAGCACGAAGCAGCAACUUUUGUCUUCCCUCAAGCCGAUUUCAGUCUCAAUGGGUCAUACUUUUGUGAAUACCAUAAGAAACUGCCAGAUCAAACAAUCUAUUAUCCUCAAGGAAAUACUAUUGAUCUAACAGUUCGAGUGAAAUUAGAGAUCCCCAGUAUCUCUCUAUCAUCUGGUCAUGCGAUGGUGAUCUACAGUCCUGUUAAAAUAUCUGUGACCAAAGGGAGCGCCUUCUCCAUAACCUGCUCCACUCAUUCCAGAUACCCUGGGGGCAUCUUCUACCUGGCUAGGUCUAAAAAAAACAUUACUCAGUCAAAACCGGCCUUUGGACACACCAUCUUCUACAUGGCAUACUUUGAAUUCCCAGAAAUAGAUUUUAAAGACCAAGGAGAGUAUUCUUGUCUCUACUCCAUCAACAUAUCAUCUUCUUCCUUCUCUUCCCUUCCCUCCAAGUCACUCCAAGUCACUGUACUCGCAACCUCCUCCUCGUCAGUUGUUGCUGGUGCUGUGAGUGUUUUAGUGCUAUUCCUUAUCCUAUUGGUCAUUGGUUUCUUUGUUUGGAAGAAGAAAUGGCGAGGUGCAGGUGUCAUGGUUCAGUUUAGCAACAGGUUAGAGCCCAAAAAAAACGAUCUGGACGACAGAAGCAACGGGGCACUCGAUGAAAGGGAACGUACCAACCCCUUGUAUGUAAAAGGACGACCUACUGCCAGCAUGAAAGGAACAAGCACCAACCUUGAUACUGAGAGCAUUGGAGAGAAAGCCCCAGAAGACUUGGCAGGAAAAGUUUGUUAUGAACUUGACCCACUGGUUGAUUGAGGGUGGAGACAUUCCUCCAGCAGUAACUUUCAACAAAAGCUUACAUUUCUUUUUUUCAAAGUAACACAACAUCAAACCUAAAGUGAGUGUUUCACUAAUAUACCUUAGAAAACAACAACAAUGAUUUUUUUUAAUGUACUGAGACUUCAUGGUGUAAGCUUCUGUAUGAGAGACAGAAAAUUGGACUUAUGAUGGUGUAUAGGAAAAUACAUAGGAGCUCUACAGGCAACAGGAACUUUGUUGUGUUUUUAAGACUCUUUUCAGAAAAGUAAUUUUUCAUUUUUGUUUUACAAUGUAAUAAUGGAUAUCUUAUAAUUUGCUCUAAGAUAAAUUGCAAUGAUUGCACAUAGAUAAAAUAAACCUUUAAUCAUAUUUAAUGCCAUAUUUAGUAUGAAUCAACUAUUUUCCUACAUAUUGCUAUAGCAAUUUUUAUAGAUAGGGUAUAUUAUAAAAACAGUAGGGUCAAAAAUCAGUUGCUGGUAGACAGAAGACAAUUUGUUUUUUUUGUGUGUUUCUCAGUAAUUAUAUUUUGUGAAAUAUAAUUGAUUAAUAAAAUUGUAAGUCAUACAAAUACCAUUUGUUGUUAAU